AUGACGGAAAUCAUCGUCACACCUAGUCGGAACAAGACCGUCGGCAUCAUGAAGUUCAUCUGGGCCACUCUCCUUGUGGCAGCCUCAUCAGCCUUUGCCAGUCCCGUCGCCGAAGCGAAUGCCGGCGGCGCUCCGAAGCCUGAUCCCGGCAAGCCGGGCUAUGGAGACUACGGGAAAUAUGGCGAAUACGGCCGGUACGCGGACUACGGGAAGUACAAUCCGCCAAAGGGAGGAUACGGGGACUACAAGAAGUACCCGGAGCCGAAGGGGGGCUAUGGCGAUUAUGGAAAGUAUCCCCGAGAGUAG